AACCAAAAAGAUGUCACAGAUUCUUUUUAUCCAGCCAUGAGGCUUAUUCUUCCUCAUCUGGAAAGGGAGAGAAUGGCCUAUGGAAUCAAAGAAAUUAUGCUGGCUAAGCUUUAUGUUGAAUUGCUUAACUUGCCUCGAGAUGGAAAAGAUGCCCUUAAGCUUUUGAACUACAGAACACCGACCGGAACCCGUGGAGAUGCUGGAGACUUUGCAAUGAUUGCGUACUUUGUAUUGAAACCCAGAUGUCUACAGAAAGGAAGCCUAAGCAUUCAGCAAGUAAAUGACAUUUUAGACUCCAUUGCCAGCAAUAAUUCUGCCAAAAGGAAAGACCUAAUGAAGAAAAGUGUUCUUCAGCUUAUAACUCAGAGUUCAGCACUUGAACAAAAAUGGCUGAUACGGAUGAUUGUUAAGGACCUAAAGCUUGGUUUUAGUCAGCACACUAUAUUUUCUGUUUUUCACCGUGAUGCUGCUGAGUUGCAUAAUGUCACCACAGAUCUGGAGAAGGUCUGUAGGCAACUGCACGAUCCUUCAGUGGGACUCAGUGACAUUUCCAUCACCCUAUUCUCCGCCUUUAAACCCAUGCUAGCCGCUAUAGCAGAUAUUGAGCGAAUUGAGAAGGACAUGAAACACCAGAGUUUCUACAUCGAAACCAAGCUCGACGGCGAGCGGAUGCAGAUGCACAAGGAUGGGGAUGUGUACCGGUACUUCUCUCGCAAUGGGUAUAACUAUGAGGACCAGUUUGGUGCUUCCCCACAGGAAGGGUCUCUCACACCAUUCAUUCAUAAUGCAUUCAGAACAGAUGUGCUGAACUGUAUUCUCGACGGUGAGAUGAUGGCCUACAACCCUAACACACAGACUUUUAUGCAAAAGGGGAAUAAGUUUGAUAUUAAAAGAAUGGUGGAAGAUUCUGAGCUGCAGACUUGUUACUGUGUUUUUGAUGUAUUGAUGGUUAAUGAUAAAAAGCUAGGACAUGAGACCCUGAGAAAGAGGUUUGAAAUUCUUAAUAGUGUUUUCACACCUGUACCAGGUAGAAUAGAAAUAGUGCAGAAAACACAAGCUCAUACUAAGAAAGAAGUAAUUGAUGCUUUGAAUGAAGCGAUAGAUAAAAGAGAAGAGGGGAUCAUGGUAAAACACCCGCUGUCCAUUUACAAGCCAGAUAAAAGAGGUGAAGGAUGGUUAAAAAUUAAACCAGAGUAUGUCAGUGGACUGAUGGAUGAGCUGGACAUCUUAAUCGUCGGGGGCUACUGGGGGAAGGGUGCCCGGGGUGGGAUGAUGUCUCAUUUUUUGUGUGCUGUGGCAGAGAAGCCCGCUUCUGGUGAAAAACCCUCAGUGUUUCACACUCUCUGUCGCGUUGGCUCGGGUUACACUAUGAAAGAACUGUAUGACCUCGGUUUGAAGUUGGCGAAACACUGGAAGCCUUUUCAUAGGAAAGCCCCACCAAGCAACAUUCUGUGUGGAACAGAGAAGCCAGAGGUCUACAUCAAGCCUUGCAAUUCAGUCAUUGUUCAGGUUAAGGCCACAGAGAUCGUCCCCAGUGACAUGUAUAAAACCGGCUGCACGUUGCGUUUUCCACGGAUUGAGAAAAUAAGAGAAGACAAAGAAUGGUACGAAUGUACAUCCCUGGAGGACUUAGAGCAACUUCGAGGGAAGGCCUGUGGAAAGCUCGCGUCCAAACACCUUUACGUGAGUGGCGAUGAUGAACCACAAGAGAAAAAGCGGAAAGCUGCCCCAAAGAUGAAGAAAGUCAUUGGAAUUAUUGAGCACCUAAAAGCUCCCAACCUUUCUAACGUAAACAGGGUUUCUACUGUCUUUGAAGACGUGGAGUUUUGUGUCAUGAGUGGAACCGGCAACCAUCCCAAGCCUGACCUGGAAAACAGAAUCGCCGAGUUGGGUGGUUACAUAGUACAGAACCCAGGCCCAGACACGUACUGUGUGAUCGCAGGGUCUGACAACAUUCGAGUGAAAAAUAUCAUCUCUUCAGAUAAACAUGAUGUCGUCAAGCCAGAGUGGCUGCUAGAGUGUUUUAGGACCAGAAGCUGUGUGCCCUGGCAACCCCGCUUCAUGAUCCACAUGUGCCCGUCGACAAAGCAACACUUUGCCCAGGAAUACGACCAAUACGGGGAUAGUUACUUUGUCGACACAGAUUUGCACCAACUGAAGGAAGUGUUUUCGGGAAUUAAAAACGCUGGUGAGCAGACUCCUGGGGAGAUGAGUCCUGUGAUUGCUGAUUUGGAACACAGGUAUUCCUGGGCCAGCAUGCCUCUUAGCAUGUUUAGACACCACACCGUUUAUUUGGACUUGUACGCUGUCAUCAAUGACUUAAGUACCAGAAUCAAGGGAGCUAGGUUAGCCAUCACAGCCUUGGAGCUUCGAUUUCAUGGAGCACAAGUAGUUUCCUAUUUAGCUGAGGGAGUGUCUCACGUCAUUGUUGGGGAAGAUCAGAGUCGGGUUGCAGACUUGAAAGCUAUUCGAAGGACUCUUAAGAGGAAAUUUAAAAUCUUACAAGAACGUUGGGUCACUGUUUCAAUAGACAAGUGUGAAUUACAGGAGGAAAAUCAGUAUUUGGUUUGA